AUGAAUCACGAUCCUUUUAGUUGGGGCAGGCCCGCAGAUUCCACCUAUGGAGCUUACAAUACACAAAUUGCCAACGCAGGCGUAUCUCCCAUGGCUAACACACAGCAACCAAUAGUUACAGGUACUUCCGUUAUAUCGAUGAAAUAUGACAAUGGGGUUAUUAUUGCAGCAGAUAACUUAGGAUCUUAUGGAUCUCUUCUAAGAUUCAAUGGCGUGGAAAGGCUUAUCCCUGUGGGUCAGAACACCGUUGUGGGUAUAUCAGGUGACAUUUCUGAUAUGCAACACAUUGAGAGGCUGUUAGAGGAUCUCGUUACUGAAAAUGCGUACGAUAAUCCUUUGGCUGAUUCUGAAGAAGCACUCGAGCCCAGCUAUAUCUUCGAAUAUCUAGCUACCGUUAUGUACCAACGAAGAUCUAAGAUGAAUCCACUUUGGAAUGCCAUUAUUGUUGCAGGUGUACAAUCUAACGGUGACCAAUUCUUAAGAUAUGUCAACCUUCUAGGCGUUACGUACUCGUCUCCCACUUUGGCCACAGGAUUUGGUGCACACAUGGCCAACCCACUAUUAAGAAAAGUUGUAGAUCGAGAAUCCGAUAUCCCGAAGACCACCGUACAAACUGCAGAAGAAGCAAUCAUAAAUGCGAUGAGAGUUCUUUAUUAUAGGGAUGCCCGCUCUUCCAGAAGCUUCUCGUUGGCCAUCAUUGACAAAAACACAGGUCUAACUUUCAAGAAGAACUUGCAAGUCGAAAAUAUGAAAUGGGAGUUUGCGAAGGAUAUCAAAGGCUACGGUACUCAAAAAGUUUAA